AUGUCUAGUGCAACGGACAAAGCUCGUUAUUUCCUGGAGCAGUCGAUUCCGGAGCUCAAGGAGUACGAGAGAAAAAAGAUUUUCAGCAAGGAUGAGCUCUCCUCGAUUAUCAAAAAGCGAUCUGAUUUCGAACACAAACUGAAUUCCAGGGGAUCGCAGCCGGUAGACUUUGUCCGCUAUGCAGAGUACGAGAUGAACCUCGACCUUUUGCGCCGGAAGCGAGUCAAGAGGCUAGGCAUCAGGGCAGCAGGGUUUUCAGGACAGAGACGGAUCUUCUUCAUUCUCGACCGGGCGACUCGCAAGUUCCACGGAGAUAUUGGUCUCUGGGUCCAGUACAUCGAGUAUGCCCGACAGCAGAAGGCGCAUAAGAAACUUUCGCAGGUCUUCACCGACGCUCUUCGCCUGCAUCCUACAAACGCGGAUCUCUGGACAUACGCAGCCAAAUACAUGAUCGAGGAUCAUGCCGAUAUGACCCAGGCGCGAAGCUACAUGCAGCGGGGCCUGAGAUUCUGCAAGCGGUCGAAGAAGUUGUGGAUCGACUACGCCAAGCUGGAGCUGAUCUAUAUCACAAAACUGGUUGCCCGACAGAAAAUCCUGGGGCUUGACCAGCCGAUCAAACCCGCAGCGCUGACAGCGGACACUGCCUUUGACGAUCUCGACGCUGAUAUGAUUGCGCUGCCGCAAAUCACCGAGGAGGAUAUCAACCCCACGGCGGCUGGGGACGACGAGGUUGACGAGACGGCAUUGAAGAACCUCAGCGCCACCCCUGCCCUGAGCGGUGCGAUCCCGCUCGCCAUCUUUGAUACUGCCAUGAAAACCUUCGACAACGACGACAAAUUUGGGCACGAGUUCUAUGACAUGGUUCUUGGGUUCGCGGAUAUACCCUGCCUGUCCAAGAUUCUGGGACACGUGGUGGAAGUUCUGCUGGCGGCCAAACCCAUCAGCCAUCAUACGCUGAUAUGUUACAUCCGGUUCCCCACUGUGGGCAUCCGGACCGAUUCUGCCGACUUCCCCCGUGCAUUGGGUACUUCACUAGGCCGUCUCAAGGAGCAUCGCCAUGAUCCGAAGCUCGCAGAAGAAGUCAUCAGUUGGCUGCAACCUUUGCAACAGACCGAGGGACUGGAUCCUGCGUUGCAACAAGUCAUGGCUGCUACGAUCCGAACGGCGGAGAAAGCCCUUCAAACGAAAUGA